AACCCUAAAAAAUUUCACGCUUUCCUCUCUUUGCGCGCCGCACUCUCCUAUUCUGCAUUCUCCGCUUCUCGACUUGGCUUUCUUGCAAUCUCUACCCUUCCGCUUUCAUCUAAUGCUCGAUUUCCCCGGUUCAGUUCUUUCUGAGCCAAAUAGACAUCUCUAAACUAGUUACAGCUUUCCUCUUCUUCUCUGUCACUGUAAGUAGUGAGAGCCUUGAACUUCAAAUCCAUCUCAGCUUUUGAAUUUUCUCUGAAGAAAUAGCAACAAGAUAUGCAUAUUUACUCUCCAUGACAAGACCUAUGAAAUUCAACACUGCCGGCUCUUUCCUUUGAGAAUAAUUAAACACCGCCGGCUUUCUUUCCUCGUAUUUGAGAAGUAUUUAUUUAAAGUUUUGUUAACCGGAAGAGAUGGUGAUGGUGUAUCAAGUCGGAUCGACGAAGAUCGCACAAAAUCAAAUAGAAUUGGAUCGCUGCCCAGCGAUGAAGCGAAAUCUAGAGGAGCAUAGUGAGAUUGAAUCCAAACCCUCCGACGAUCGAGUCGGAUCGACGCAGAUCGAACAAAAUCAAAUGGAAUUGGAUCGCUACCCGGCGAUGAAGCGGAUUCGUGGGAUUGAAUCCAAACCCUCCGAUCGAGUCGGACCUACUGUCGCUAGGGUGGUGGGGCGGCUUGGAGAGGAGUAUAUAGAGAUUAUAUCCAAUCCCUCCGACGAUUUUGACUGCCGCAUGCUCGAGCGGAACCCAUAUGAAUGGCAAUUUGGAGUCAGAGGCGCUAGUGGAACUGAAUUCGAGGGUGGGAUUUAUCAUGGGCGGAUCCAGUUUCCGAAGGAGUACCCAUCGAAGCCUCCUUCAUUCACGCUUUUGACGGAAAAUGGUCGCUUCCAAACCCACAAGAAGAUCAGGAUAAGGCGACUGGAUGAUUGGGAGCCAUCAUGGAGGGUGCGAGAUGCUUUAGGUGCACUUAUCGAUGAAAUGCCCACCUACCCAGAUGGUGAAUUGGGUUCAGUAGAAUACAAUAAGGAAGAAAGGCGUGAUCUCGCCAUCAAAUCUCGUGUAGCAGCCCCAAAAUGUGGCACUUCUGAACGUCAGAAGUUAAGUGCUGAGAUUCAUAAAUAUCUGCUAAGCAAAUCACCACCUGUUCCUGUUCCUCAACUGAUCCCCUCACAGGCCUCCAACGGCACAGGCGGCGGCUAUGUCGUCAACGGCGGCUAUGUCGUCAGUGGGAAUACAUUUCAUGCUACCAAUUCCAACGGGGUAGGAAUUUUGGAUUCUAUGAAUGCCUUCUCCGACAAAGACCACAAGCUUCUUUUACCUUCUUGGCUAAAACUUCUUAGGUGGUGGGGAAAGCAAAACUAGACGUCUGUGAACACGAUCAAGAGUGAUGAACUGAGGUGAUAAAGUCUGUAGCGUAGCUUCUGUCCUGUAGCUGUAGUACUAAUUGAAAUUGAAAUUGAAAAUGUGCAUUCUAGUUUAAUGAAUAUUCUUGUCUCUUCUUGCA